AUGGAAAAAAUUAAAAAAUGGAAAAAGUGAAGAAGUUUAAAAUAUAAGGACAAAACUGAAUAGAAUAAAGGAUAAUUCAAGAAUGGAUUGGAAAUCAUUAUUAUCAAAUCAUUUUUAUAUUUGCAAAUUUUUGUUUAAAAUGGAAACAAAACUAUAAUCAAGCUCAAGUUUUAACCAUACAUUUUAGUGUCCCACCCCUCAGUUAAUCAUCGAACCUUCAAUCGGUUCCAGCGACGAAACUAUAAAAUUUCCCAUUCAUGUUCUCUCCCGAGUUGGUAUGAUUUUAUGGCGUAUGGCGUAUGGAGGCGGUGGUGGAAUGAAAACAUGGGAGACAAAAUAAAGAGAAAGAGAGAGGCAAGAGCCCACGCUUUUGGCAUAGACAAUUUUAUUGUGAGAGCCACUCUCAACGAUGAGACAACAGCGCUUCGCUCAAUUGGUGCUAUUAUUAACGAAAAAUUCCAGUCAAUCACAACACCGUGUAGUUGACGAUCGCGACGCGAGGCGCAGAUUUUCAUCCAUCGAUCGUCGCGUCGGCCACCAUCACCCUGCACCAACAUUAAAAAGUGAGGGUCGAUUCGAUUUGUUACUGUUGGAUAUGAUAUGAGCCGAUGUGUUUGGUUGGAUUUUGGAGAAACGGACAAAUGGGAAUUGGGAUUCCGUCGUUUUCUCGUCGUUCAGUCGAUCUGUGACGAUUGUCUCGAUUUGUCGUGUGUCGGAACGGAAGAUAAACACAAACGUGUGCGUUUGGCUUCGUUUGUUCGACUUUUUUUUUCUCGCUCUGUUGGACCCUUUUCCCGUUUUUGGGAGUGUGUGGGCAUUCGCGGGGGUGUUGGUGUUUCUUUUCGCUUGCGCUUCGAUUUUAUAUUUUUAUGAAUUUUGUUGUGAUCACCCGAACGUGGAAGAUUGUGGGAGGAAACACAUAAAAUUCCAGAAGUUGUGUGGUGUAUUUUUUUUUACUGCUUGAUCGUCGGUGAUCAAGCGGGGAAUAUUUUCGUGUUUAUAUCAUCAAAGCAAGCCGAGUGUGCGUAAAACCGGUGCAGCACCAUCAAUUUCGUGAACGGUCCGUCGCCGGUGCACGGUGCGUGUAAAAAUAGCCAUCAAGUGCACGAGCUUUGCUCGUUUUUUGUUGUUGUUGGGCGCACGGGUUGCUGUGAUUGAGGCGCGUUCCAUAUCCCUAUCAGAGAGAAAAAAAAAACAGAAAGGCGUAAUCUGCAUGUGCCAAUAGAUGGGGAGAAGUGCGGAUGUAGAAAAUCGUGAAUAUUGUCGCCCGAGUGUUGGCGCGCUGCGCAUUUUGAAUAAUAAAUGAGAGAUAUACUGCGCUGCACACUCUCCGGCCUGGCUUAGCUAGCUGUUUUGGGCUUGUGGGGUUGAGUAUCGUUAGUGUUUGGAUUCCGGCUGCUGCUACGCUGCUCUAGCAAGCUGAUUGGUUGUUUGGCAUCAUCCAACCCAAGUCCAACUUACAACAACAACAACAACACCAUCAACAACUGGCUGGUGUCUGGCUGUGCUGCGCAUAGACUAGUGUACACAAUUUCCUGUUUUUUCGCGCUGUGUACCGCAAACUCUUGAACCCUCUCGCGCUGACGCGACGGGAAACUUUCUAUCCGUACAACAACAUUAACAACAACAACAAAAAGAAAAAAUACGACCCACACACGAUAUGUCUGUCAAUGGAAAUGAAUGAAAGAGUUCCUGCACGCAGCACAGCAGCAUCCAGCAACAGGACAGGAGUUCUAUAAAUAAAUCUCGCCCAUAUCAAAAGUGCAGCAACAGCACACGAAUCGUCUGAAGCUGAAUCGGAGUAACGCACGUUCGUUGUUGGAUUGGAUUGGAUCGGAGUACAACCUUUUUCGAAUUUUGGGGUGUGUAAGAGAGAGAUUGCUCUCUUACCCGCGAUCAGUGAAUGCGACCCCGAAGAAUUAUUCGAGUUUAAGGCGGACUACGAAGAAAAACCGAAAAAAAUAUGGUAGCUGCCGCUUUGCCGUGUGCGUGUGUAUCUUUGUGUUUGUGAAUUGAGCUAUCAAAAUCAAUAGAAAGAAAAAUAAUUUGGAAACCACAAAAAUCAGUUUAAUGAAAAUUUGAGAUCCAUUGAAGAAAAAGUUCUGGGAAAACAAUUCUGUUUUUCCUCGUCCCAUUCGUAUGUGUUUUGGGUCUUUAUGCGUGUUUUAUCGUCAGCACUACGCAACUUCAUCGAAGCAACCCUUGGUGAAGAUUGCACGCACACACGCGCUUCAGUUCAACCGGUGUAAACAUCAGCGAACGAGUGCCGAUCGCAAUAGGCAGUUGUGCUGUGUUGUGUUGUUUUGCGACGUAAUCUAAUGCGUGUGUGCGUGUCGGCGGUGGAUUAGUGCGGCGUCGGCGCCGGCCUGAUCUCGGCGGCCGACCUUCAACCCAACUGCCAGCAGAUGUGGAUAACGAUGUCGAAGCAGUCGUCCGCUUCGUCGCCUUCGUCGAAUGUACGUAGUUUCGUCGAAGGACAGCCGCAGAACAGCAACCACCAUCAGCAGCAGGAGGAUCUCGAUGCGAUCGCGAAGCAGAUCUCCGAUCAUGCCGAAGCCAUCUACCAGACGUGGAAAGCGCGUGGCUUAGCACCAACCGAGAUCCUCAACUGCCAACUACCGACAGCGGACGGGGAGAAUGCGUUCAGCAAGACCUUGAGUCCAACGCAAGCUACCUCUUCCGCUUUAUCGCCGUCGUCGUCCUCGAAGGGUGCUUCCGUCAUCGUCGGAGGUGGUGGAAGUCCCAUCACCAGUAGUGGUUCCUCUGCCAAAGCUUCCGGCGUCGCUGAACUACUUGCCCAGGCGCCCGAACUGUCCAACAACAGUCUCGAGCAGCUCGUCAGUUCCUUCGUCAACGAAGAUAAAGCUCGAAUCGCCGCCCAAAAACAGCGAACUGCCGGACGAACGCCGACCGCCGGCUCGGCCAUCAAGAGUGUCCUCCAAAAGUUCGAACAAAACGGUGCUCAACCCAACUUGAACCCAACUUCCCCGGUCGUCAACAAAUCCAACCAUAUCCGACCUGGUGGAAGCUCGAACAAAGUGACAAUUAGUAAUAACAACAACAACAAUCUAAACACGCUAAACAAAAACAACGUACCGGAUGUGUUAAAGGAUACCAUCGCCGACAAACCGCGUGAGAAACCCCAAACUCCGGUCAAACCGGACCAUCUGCUAAACCAUGUUCCUAGCUGGCCCCUCAAAAACCGUGUAGUGAAAACCAACCAGCAAAACUCGAUCAACCUCAAUCGAGGACCUCCGAGCUCCAACUCCAACAGCAGUAGUGGCCUUACUAGUAGCAUCGUCGUCGGCGUGUCCAAAAAUACCGCCGAGCUUAUGGACGAGGUGUCCCGGGAGGAGGAACGCCUGAUAAACGCACUUAAAACGGGAACCGUCCUCAACAACACCACCGCCACCGUUGCCGCCGACAACCUGCUGCCGGAGGUGAUCACCUCAACGCUUGCCGCCGAUCGGGACGUCCCUGACUACGGUAGCUAUCAUAACCCCUCGGAAAUGGUCACUUCAACCUCCCUAACCUCAAAUGGUACUAACGGCACCAGCAAUGGUGCCGUCGACCUUCAGAACAAUGCUGCGGCAGCUGCCGCAGCAGCAGCAGCCGCCGCCAAUGCCAAACAGUGGAACGGGGUCCCGAUGAAACCGAACCACAUACCGAUCCUGAAUAUCCAUCAGAUCCACGAGCAGCACAAGCUAUCGACAAACUUUGCGCGCAAUGUGAGCACCACUCGAUUGCCGAAAGAUUUCGGGCGAUCGGCAGGCUUGGGUCAGGACGGCAAGAAGGAGGACUUCCAGGCGAAAACCAUUCCCAGUCCGAUCCGGCCGUUCCUGUCCCGGGGAUCGGUGGCGGAGCGGGUUCUCAUCUUCGAGAAGUGUCCGGAGAAGGCGCCACCGCGGGAGCGACCCAAAGAGGCGGUGAAGCUGCAGUCCAAACCUGUCAACAGACUGAUCCCGCCAAACAUUCACACCACCCUUCAGCGACAUCUGAAGAACUCGACGAAAGCUCCCUACAUACCACAGUUCCAUUUCCCGAACGGAAAACCACCUCCGGCCAUUACGACCGAGACGACGAUGCAGCGGCUAGAGCAGGUCUUCGGCAGCCUCCCCAAUUACGAGUGCAGUCGGGACAAAUUCCACAUGGUCGUCACAAUGUGCCAAGUUCCGCUGUACUGGCGGGUUCCCCUGUUCAUGUGCACCCCCCUUACCCCGACCGGGUGUGUUCACGGGGACAAGUUCAUGAGCUUCUGGCGACAAAUGACCUCCUUCUGCCACGACGCCGCCUCCCGCUUCGUCUACAUCAUGUCCCGGGGUGACCGAUCCCGGUCCUAUAUCCUGCCCGAAGAUUUCGCCCCGCUAAUACAGGACGUGGUGGAUACCCAUCCGGGGCUAGCGUUCCUCAAAGAGGCAGCCGAAUUCCACUCCCGGUACGUGCACACGGUGAUAGCGCGGAUUUUCUACAACGUCAACCGCAGCUGGACCGGUAAGAUUACGGUGCCGGAGCUGCGAAAAUCGAACCUGCUUGAUGUGAUACAGCUGCUGGAGGAGGAGGAAGAUAUCAACCAAAUUAUGGCGUACUUCAGCUACGAGCACUUCUACGUCAUCUACUGCAAGUUCUGGGAGCUGGAUCGGGACCAUGAUCUGUUCAUCGAUCAGCAAGAUCUGGCCCGCCACAACGAUCAUGCGCUUUCGUCGCGGAUGAUCGAGCGCAUCUUCUCCGGUUGUGUGACGCGAGGGCCACGUCGCGGCAAUCUCAAUCCGAUGGUGCAGGGCCCGAACGGCCCCAAGAUGUCCUACACCGACUUUGUGUGGUUCCUGUUGGCCGAGGAGGACAAGACGCAUCCGACGGCGAUCGAGUACUGGUUCCGGUGUAUGGACGUCGACGGCGACGGGAUGCUGUCGAUGUACGAGCUCGAGUAUUUCUACGAGGAGCAGCAGCACCGGAUGGAAUCGCUCGGCAUCGAGACGCUACCCUUUGAAGACUGUUUGUGCCAGAUGCUGGAUAUGAUCAAGCCGAUCAAACCCGGAUGUGUCACGCUCGCCGAUCUGAAACGAUGCAAGAUGACACCCAUCUUUUUCGAUACGUUCUUCAAUCUGGAGAAGUACAUGGAGCAUGAACAGCGAGAUCCAUUUGCGCAGCGUGAUAAUGAUGAGCUUUCCGAUUGGGAUCGCUACGCCGCCCAAGAAUAUGAACUGCUCGUGGCCGAGGAAGGAGGAGACACGCAAGGCCUCCGCUGUCUGGACCCGAAUGAUGACGACGACUACUACGAAGGGCAUGAUUUUGGGCCCAACAUCCUAAGCCGACGCCCAUUACCCGGUUCUGGUAGCCCUAUCAGUACUGUCCCUUCUAGUACCACAGUUUCUACUGCAAUGGGCCGAACCAUCAGUACGGUGUCCAUUUCUUCUUCAGUUAGCACGCACCAACACAAUAGAAAAAUUUUGGCAGCCCAUAGUAGUCCUGUUGUCGCUGCUGCUACUAAUACCACUACUGAUACCGCUACUAAUGCCGCUACUGUUACUAAUAAUGAUACCACUACUAAGGCAGCAUCAUCGCAAGGCAGAAAAAUGAUUGAAAAUGAUACUAGCACAUUUUAUAGCGCAUUUUGUGUGUCCUACGACGAGGAUGACGAUUAUGAGUCCAACAUCGACAUACUGGAGAGCCAGCUGGAUGAUUGUCUGCUGAACGAAUGGUGAGAGGAGGAGAGCGGCGGACCACGUGGCCGCCGGAAGUCCACGCCCCCGGGUGCCGUCUACAGCGACGAGGACCUGGAACGGAUCGAGCAGGAGAUUCUGGAAGAGCUGAACCAGUUUUGAGAAGGAGGAAUGACUACAAGACAGACUAAAAGAGCCAAAAACGACGCCAACCGGGAGAUAACAGAAUGAACAGAAUCCGCUUGUCGGUUGAGAUUUUUCUGUUUUUUCUGCUCUCUACUUUUUUGAAACACGAAACUUGUGUACCGUACAUGAGCGCGAAUUUGGAUCGGAUGAUGGAACUGAUUUGACUUGCGCGCGUGCGUCGUCCUCAUGUCAUCCAUCACGUCCAUGCGUCUUGCGUUGAUCAUCAUCUGUCAACUAAAAAAGCACCACCAUCACCACAAAAUAUUUUAAUUUCUUCGCUGCUUUGCACACACACAACAAAACGCGCUCUAUUAGUUUAGCCACUUGCGGCAUGAAUAUCAGGACGUAAUCGGCUAGGUUAAAAAACAAAAAUAGCUGACAGAUUUGCUACGGAACAAGAAAUCUUGAUGUUAUUCGUUCCGGACAAAACGGCACACCAUUGACGAAUUUCAGCUGUUAAAAUUAAACACAUAACAAACAAAAAAACAAAAGAAAACUUACAAAUACAAGGAAUUCUACGUGUCAUACAUGGAUUUGACUAUGUUCAAACAGGGAAAAUAAUAGGAGGAGUAAGCGCAUAAUAAAAUGUUGAUCAUUUUGUUCAGUGUCUCAACCACACGUUAUCACUACUAUUACUACUACUACUAUCAAAAAACUGCUAUCACUAAGACUAGCGUAGAAUUUAUUUAACAACAUUUUUUUUGUUUUGUUUGCGUUACUUUUUAUAAUAUAAUACCUUAAACAAAAGUUUUUUUUUAAAUUAAAUAAUGAUAUUGAUUUUACGAGAUAUUAUUAGUUACCAAAAAUCUGUACAUAACUGCAACUUGAUUUUCGCUCUACUAGCAAACAACAAAAUACUAUGUAUGAUAUUACCUAUAUUAUUACCUUAAACUGGAUAUUUAUUAGUAGCAAUCACCCAAUCAACAAACAAACAAGAAAAACUUUCGAUGGCAACAACCAAAUGAAUGUAUAUUUUAGAGACAAGAAUAACGAGUCCACAAAAAAUGGGGACCGAUUCAUCAUUAUUCAAAGCAAAACAAAAAAAAUACAUAACAUAACAUAACAUGUCUCACUCCAUCUUCACAUCACCCGACUGCAUAAAAAGCUAAACAAAUUCAAUCAUUCGAUCAUCAGCGUGUAUGUGCUAAAUGAAAAAAAAAAACAAAAAAUAACACGGAAAGCCCAAAAUUUCAAUCAUCUCGUUUGUGGAUCAAAAUGGAUAGAAAACAAAAAAAAAUCAUAACUAAUAAACAGAGGACAGACUUUUAAAUGAAAUUGAUGAAAAAAAAACCGUUAGGGAAGUUCGCGUAAUUUAGUACGCGAGCGAACAACUUUUUAUGAGUAGUAGCAAACCAGGAAAAUAACCAGAACAACAACUUAAAUCCAGUGGCUUUUUGAAAAGGGAAAAAAUACAAUGUUACAACAAAGAAUUUGAAUGAGAGGGUAAAAAUUAACAAAAAAGAAAGUUUCGAGAAGAUCAUCCUAUUUCCAAAAGGAGGUGUUUUAAACUUGUAGCUUUCUUGAUUAGCAACACAACAGUUCGAACACACACUCAGACUAACUAGGAACUAGCAGCGUGGUUUAGAUAGAAUCUAGCAAUUCUAAAUGGUUACUAUUUUUUGCCUCAUAAGAAUUGCGUCCGUCAACUGUGAAAACAAACAGAUAGAUUUGAAAUCUCACCCCGAGAAGUUUGCCUUCGAAAGCACUCACUCGCUUCCAAAAAGUUGUUGAAUUUUCAGUUCGGAAAUUUAGUGUGGUUUCAUAGAAAAAUGAAGGAAGGUCUGUGUUCUAGAGAAGGACCAAACACUGGCUGUGGUUUCCAAGGACUUCUUAUAGGUCAGCAAUGUCCAUAGCAUGAUCCUGAUUAUGGUUCUUCGAACCAGAUUACUACUAUUAUUUUGAUGCACACAUCUUCCCAGUUGCCUACCCAGUUGAACUUCCAGGGGAGACUUCCAGAGAAGACUUCUUGGGGAGACUUCCAGGGGAGACUUCUUGGGGAGACUUCCUGAGGAGACUUCCUGGGGAGACUUCCUGAGGAGGCUUCGCGGGGGGACUUCCUGAGGAGACUUUCUGAGGACACUUACUGGGGAGACUUCCUGAGGAGACUUCCAGUGGAGGCUUCCAGAGGAGACUUCCUGAGGAGAAUUCCUGAGGAGACUUCCUGAGGAGACUUCCUGAGGAGACUUCCUGAGGAGACUUCCUGAGGAGACUUCCUGAGCAGACUUCCUGAGCAGACUUCCCGAUGAGACUUCCUGAGGAGACUUCCUGAGGGAACUUCCCGAGGAGACUUCCCGAGGAGACUUCCCGAGGAGACUUCCUGAGGAGACUUCCUGAGGAGACUUCCUGAGGAGACUUCCUGAGGAGACUUCCUGAGGAGACUUCCUGAGGAGACUUCCUUAGGAGACUUCCUGAGAAGACUUCAUGAGGAGAAUUCCUGAGGAGACUUCUUGGGGAGACUUCCUGGGGAGAAUUUAUGAGGAGACUUUCUAAGAAGACUUCCAGAGGAGAAGAAUUCUGAGAAGAAUUCCUGAGGAGACUUUCCGGAUAGACUUCUUAUGGAGACUUCCUGGGGAGACUUCUUGGGGAGACUUCUUGAGAAAAUUUCUUGAGGAGACUUCCUGAUGAGACUUCCUGAUGAGACUUCCUGAGCAGACUUCCCUGGGAAGGUUUCCUGAGGAGACUUUCUGAGGAGACUUUCUGGGAAGACUUUCUUAGGAGACUUCCUGAUGAGACUUCCUGAUGAGACUUCCUGAUGAGACUUCCUGAUGAGACUUCCUGAGGAGACUUCCUAAGGAGACUUCCUAAGGAGACUUCCUGAGGAGACUUCCUGAGGAGACUUCCUGAGGAGACUUCCUGAGGAGACUUCCUGAGGAGACUUCCUGAGGAGACUUCCUGAGGAGACUUCCUGAGGAGACUUCCUGAGGAGACUUCCUGAGGAGACUUCCUGAGGAGACUUCCUGAGGAGACUUCCUGAGGAGACUUCCUGAGGAGACUUCCUGAGGAGACUUCCUGAGGAGACUUCCUGAGGAGACUUCCUGAGGAGACUUCCUGAGGAGACUUCCUGAGGAGACUUCCUGAGGAGACUUCCUGAGGAGACUUCCUGAGGAGACUUCCUGAGGAGACUUCCUGAGGAGACUUCCUGAGGAGACUUCCUGAGGAGACUUCCUGAGGAGACUUCCUGAUGAGACUUCCUGAGGAGACUUCCUGAGGAGACUUCCUGAGGAGACUUCCUGAGGAGACUUCCUAAGGAGACUUCCUAAGGAGACUUCCUGAGGAGACUUCCUGAGGAGACUUCCUGAGGAGACUUCCUGAGGAGACUUCCUGAGGAGACUUCCUGAGGAGACUUCCUGAGGAGACUUCCUGAGGAGACUUCCUGAGGAGACUUCCUGAGGAGACUUCCUGAGGAGACUUUCUGGGAACACUUCCUGAGAACACUUCCUGAGUAGACUUUGUGAAAACACAUUCUAAUUGAGUUUUUGAGUUCACUUCCUGAGGAAAUUACAUGUGAAGAAUACCUAAGGAGGCUUUUUGUGAACGCUUCCUGGGGCUUCAAGUUUCUGAAAGUUUAAACCAGAAAUAACAAAUCUAAAGUCAGUCAUCAGUAUUUCAAAUAUUGUCUAAAAAAGAUGAUUUCCAUAAUGCGUUUUAACCCGAGUGACAUUCAACAUUCAUUGCCAGCGUCUAACUUCUGUCCUACUGUUCAUUCGUCAUAAAAGUACAUAUGGCUGAGUCAUCCAAGAAUAUAACAAAGUUCGUCACAUGCUAAUAACUCUGCUAGAGCACUCCAACAACAAGUAAUCCAAAUUUUAAAUUAUAUAAACAAACAAUAAACCACUCAAUAAAAACUGGCAACUCUGAUCACUAAAAAAAACUCGACCGUGUACCGAUUGUGUUUUUGCGUGUUCCGCUUUUCUAUUUUGGGGAACUUCUACUACCACUACCAACCAACGUCAGAUACGGAAGCGAUGACAGCGAUGACAGUGACGAAGAGUACGAAAGUCUGCGCAUCAGCUGGCGCCAGCGCUACGUCCGCCGAUUGGAGCGCAAGAAGCAAAGGAAGAAGGAACGGGAAGAGAAGCAGAAGUAAGCCUGAACAA